AUGCCUGAGAAAGUCCAUCUCAAAUUUGACGACAGUGCAGCGAGCCAGCAAGAUACGAGCGUUCCCGUUGACACUCAAAAGACGAAGCAAUUGUCUGAUAUAAAUGGAGUGAAGCGCAUGAGGGAUGGGAGCCCAAAGGUCACAGAUUAUACCGAGCGAAAAGGAAGACUGAGGCAUGCAAAGCCCGACGGAAGCCAUAUGACCAGCACCGGCACGACACAGGCAGCACAUACAUCUCUCUCUGGGGCAACCAGGCAAAAUGACGACCAAAAAUUCUCGGGGAAAGCUACUUUCUCAAAUAGCCUGUCUCAUGGCUUGAAAAUAUCUCAACGCCAAAGAAACAGCUCUAGACGCGAGGACAUAAAUCGCCAAAAUGUUCAUCGCAUCGCUCAGCAGCUCGAAGCUACUCGAAAGCUACUGCCUAUAUGGCCCAAGAAAGAGGACAUUCGAGGGGCUUUACUGAAUAACGACGUUUUGCUUCUCAAUGGAGAGACGGGUUCUGGAAAGAGUACUCAGGUGCCGCAGUUUCUGUACACGGAGCCUUGGUGUCAGAGGCAAACGGUCCAGAUCCAAAAAGACGGAGGAGAGACGGCAGAAGUGUCUGUUGGAGGGGUUAUAGCUAUCACACAGCCCCGUCGUGUGGCUGCUAUGACUCUGGCACGACGCGUUGCGUCUGAGAUGGGAUCUCCGUUCUCUGGAGGAGUAGGAGAAGUCGGAUACGCCGUUCGUUUCGACUCAUUUCUACCUAAGGGGAUGAAGAUAAAGUUCGUGACCGAGGGUAUGCUACUGCAAGAGAUGCUGCACGACCCUCAUCUUCGAAAAUAUAGCGCGGUCAUUGUCGACGAGAUACACGAGAGGAGCGUCGAUGUGGACCUUAUCGCAGGAUUUCUCAGGAAGCUUGUUCAUGGCGACAAGAAGGGUCGUGGUGGUGUUUCGCUGAAAGUCAUUAUUAUGAGUGCAACUCUUGACCUGGCUCGGAUUGAAGCAUUUUUUGCAAGACCAACCAUCGCACCUCGAUACACACCAGAGCCAAACCAACCUAAAAUAUCCGCUGGAUCAUCCCCAUCUUGGGAAGGGCUCAGCAACUCCGACAAUGGGAUUGGGAACAUGGAUAGAGUGAUCCAAGCUCCCGAUAAGGGAAUUGCGCUUGGUAAAACCCCGAACUCCAGUAUACAGUCAAGUAUCAGUGGCACCGUGCCGAAGUCAUCUGCUCACCUGUCUCAACCUAAGCACAAUGGUGUUGCUGUGGUAUAUGUUCGUGGAAGACAAUAUGACGUCGAGAUCAUAUACGAGGGUAAACCAACGCAGGAUUAUUUGCAUACGAUUCUGCAGACAGUCCUCCAGCUGCAUAUGACAGAGCCCCUACCUGGAGAUAUUCUCGUCUUUCUGACAGGGCAGGACGAAAUCGAGUCCCUGCGCACUGCGCUUAGUGAUCAAGCAGAGAAAAUUGUCAAAACACUCCCUCGGAUGAAGAUCGUGCCUCUUUAUGGCGCCCUACCAGCUGCAGCUCAGCAAGAGGCGUUCGAAAAAGUGAAGGAGAAAUUUACGCGUAAAAUCGUGCUAGCUACGAACAUUGCAGAGACAUCUGUUACAGUAUCUGGGGUUAGAUUUGUCGUUGAUUGUGGAAAGUCAAAGGUCAAACAAUACCGGCCUCGUCUAGGGAUGGAGUCUCUCCUGGCCAAACCAAUAUCCCGGGUCUCUGCUAUCCAGCGAGCUGGCCGUGCUGGUCGUGAGGCGAAAGGGAAAUGCUUCAGAAUUUACACCGAAGAAGACUACCUUAAACUCGAUCAAGACGAGCUCCCAGAAAUCCUACGUAGCGAUGUAGUAGAGGCCGUGCUGAAGAUGAAAUCCCGUGGAGUUGGCAAUAUUUUGGAUUUCCCAUUAAUGGACUCGCCCGAUACCAUGGCAAUUCAAAAUGCUCUAAAGCAGCUUCAUAUAAUGGGCGCCGUAGACGACGAAGGCAAUAUCACAACUGUGGGCAAGAAUAUAGCAACUUUCCCUCUCCCCGCCACAUAUGGUCGAGUUCUCAUAGCCGCCGCUGAGCCUGGAUCUCACAUAUUACUCGAUGUCAUUGACAUCAUAUCAUGUCUCACCACUGAUUCGGAAAUAUUCAACCAACCCAAGUCUGAGGAUGAUCAAGAACACAUUAUCGAAGCACGCAAGGACCUACUGUCACCAGACGGUGAUAUUAUCACCUUCUUGGGGGUCAUUGGAAAGUAUGCUUCUGUAACUCAUACCGACCGACUUGGCUGGUGCAGACAGCGACUUAUAGCUCCUCGUGCUAUGAAAAUGGCACUCCAAAUUCGCCAACAGCUCCGUCAGAUCUGUCGUCAGCAGAAACUUCUUUCGGAACUCCCACCUACAGAUGCAGAACCCUACGAGAAAAUUUCUCCCGGAAAGGUUGCUGUUAUUCUCAAAACAUUCUUGACCGCGUUCGCCCCUAAGACUGCCCUCCUGGCCCCAGAUGGAAGCUAUAUGAUGGCCGUUGGAAAAAAUCCGAUCGCAGUGCAUCCAUCAAGUGUGCUCUUUGGGCAGAAGAAAUCGGAAGCAAUUAUGUUUCUUGAGCAUGUCUUCACUACAAAGAAUUACGCCAAAAAAGUAAGCCCAGUCCAAGCUAACUGGAUUGAAGAAGCUUUCAUGAUAUAG